AUGGACAAUUUAAGUAGCUUCACAGAUAUUUUAGGUGAUGAAAUAGAAAAUUCGCAACCAAUUUCCUUGCCUUCUUCAACCUCAUCCCUUGAAACAAAAGGAAAUCUUACAUCGUCAAAUAAUAAUGCUAAUGUAAAUAACCGUCCAACAAAGGGGACAGGUCAAUACGGAGAAUUUAGAAGUAUUGAAGAAAUUGUGGCCCCCGUGAAAGCUCUGUGUACAGAAAGAUUAUCAGAAUGGUAUCCGAAAUUCACGAAGCUUGGCUUACUAUGUAUUGAAGUCACAGGCGAUACGGAUGUCGAUUUUUCUCAACUGAAACCGUAUAGAAUAAUAAUAACAACUCCUGAGAAAUGGGACAUGUUGACGCGGCGGUGGCGCGACCAUAAGUCGUUGGUGGAAGUGAUUAAAUUGUUCCUAAUCGAUGAGGUCCACAUACUGAAUGACGAAACCCGAGGACCAGUGCUCGAAGCAGUCGUCAGUAGGAUGAAAACUAUUGAAAUAUUCUGUAACACAAGGAAAAGUGUGUUAUUAACCGCAGAGACUCUAUCUAAAGAGUUAACUAUUAAUUUCAAUCCAGAACAGAAAGCAAGGCUGGUUGCGUUAGCAUCUACAAUGAAGAACAAGAAAUUGCAGUCCCUCAUUAUGAGCGGAGUGGGAUGCCAUCACGCAGGCAUGUUGUAUGAGGAAAGAAUGAACAUCGAACAGUCGUUCAGGAAUAGGGACUUACCCAUAUUAAUAACAACAACCACAUUAGCAAUGGGCGUCAAUUUACCAGCUCAUCUCGUGAUAAUAAAAAAUACACAGCAAUAUGUCAACGGCGCUUACCAGGAGUACAGCAUAAGCACAGUGCUGCAAAUGGUAGGUCGCGCGGGCCGACCGCAGUUCGACACUGAAGCCACCGCCGUCAUCAUGACACGACUGGCAGACAAGGUCAGGAAUUAA